GGGAGGUUCCCGGAAAAAUAGCUCACCGGAAGGGAAGGCCAGAGCCCAAGAAGGAGAAGAAGACAGCCGAUGCCGAUGCGACCAGCGACAGAACGGAAAGUAUUCUCCCACUGGUGAGGUCUCCUCUUCCUCUGGUUCAUCUACCUGCCUGACCUCAACCUGUCCUUGUCUUGUUGAGCCUCACCUCACCAGCCCCGGCUCAAAGCCUGAACCCACCGUCAACCAGACCUCCACCCUCUUCGUCUUUCCCACCGUUUUCAACACAGCGCUAUGGCAGGGCGAGGCGGACCAGCACGGACCAACGGCACCGCAGCAAGCAACAAAAUCUGCCAGUUUAAGUUAGUGCUCUUGGGCGAAUCAGCGGUGGGAAAGUCCAGCUUGGUGCUGCGCUUUGUCAAAGGCCAGUUCCACGAGUAUCAGGAGAGCACCAUAGGAGCGGCCUUCCUCACACAGACAGUAUGUUUGGAUGAUACAACAGUCAAGUUUGAGAUCUGGGACACAGCAGGACAGGAACGGUAUCACAGCUUGGCACCCAUGUACUACAGAGGAGCCCAGGCCGCCAUCGUGGUCUAUGAUAUCACCAACACAGAUACAUUCACACGUGCAAAAAACUGGGUGAAGGAGCUCCAGCGACAAGCCAGUCCAAAUAUUGUUAUCGCCCUGGCAGGUAAUAAAGCAGAUCUGGCCAACAAGAGAAACGUAGAUUUCCAGGAAGCACAAGCGUAUGCAGACGACAACAGCUUGCUCUUCAUGGAGACCUCAGCUAAGACUGCUAUGAAUGUCAAUGAGAUUUUUAUGGCUAUAGCCAAGAAGCUGCCUAAGAACGAGCCUCAGGGUGGAGCAGGAGCCGGCGGGCGGGCCAGGGGCGGCGUGGACCUGCAGGAAGCGGCGCCACAGGGCAGGAGCGGCCAGUGCUGUGGGGGCGGCAACUAACGCGACGAGCGACGCCGAUCCGACCAAUCAACAGCUUCGAUCAACCAGACCAGAUAUUAGCCAGCUGUCAAACGACGCCCCAUUGGCCAGACGAAGGCGUAGUCCGGCAUACGAUCCUCCGAGCAAACACAGCACAAAAUUAACUGUUUGGCAAAUGAGACGACUGGCCAGUAAACUGCCAGACCCCACUGACGGUUCCAACCGGCGAACCCACCAACAGACCAAGAAAUCAACCAACAGGCUUAACUGAAUCACCUUUGAACCCCAGGACUUGCCAAUCCAUGAUGGACACCUGACGUCACAUUAGGGGAUUAAAAAAAAAAAAAAAAAAAAAAAAACCCAACAACUUCGUAUUGACUGAAGAAGGAAAAAAGAUCAGUCAGUCAUUACCAAUGGGCCACUUUUCUCACCUUAGUUUCUGUAUUUGUGUAGAGGAAAAAAAUUAACAGGAAG